AUGCUGCUUCAGAGUGAGCUGCACCUCACGGUGGUGGCAACCAGUCAUGGGCCUACGUGCAUCAGAAGAGAGUUGCCCCCAGGCCAACCCCAGCAGCUCUCCUGCCAGCAGCAACCCUACUGUCUGAGGCUCACCUGCUGCUGCCCAUCAGCAGCCAGGUCUGAUACCCCAGAUGGCAACUAUAGCAACUGGUUUUCUCAAAGUCUUUGCUCCCCCUUUUCAUUGCAGACUGAAAAAGACAUAAUCUUGCGGGAGGAUUUGGAGGAACUACAGGUCCAAUAUCCCAAUCGCUUUAAGCUCUGGUUCACUCUGGAUCAGCCCCCAAAAGAUUGGGCCUACAGCAAAGGCUUUGUGACUGCCAACAUGAUCCGGGAGCACCUGCCUGCCCCAGGGGAUGAUGUGCUGAUACUGCUCUGUGGGCCACCACCGAUGGUGCAACUGGCCUGCCAUCCCAAUUUGGACAAACUGGGCUACUUGCAAAAGAUGCAGUUCACUUACUGA